AUGGGCAGCCAGAGGAGAGGUGCCAGGAGCCUGCGGGGCAGGGAGGGGUCAGCCCCCACCAAGUGUGUGGUGGACAAGUGCUUUGACCCUCUGGUCCGAAAGUGCGUGGACUGCAGGCUCCUCCGGACGCCAGAACCCGGACCGGCAGCCGGGCCUGGCAGCCUGGCGCCGGGGACCGCGCUGCAGCCGCAGGAGUCGGUGGGCGCGGGGGCCGCCGCCGAGACCGAGGCCGAGGCCGCGCUGCCUCUGCCCGCGCUGCUCUUCGGCGCCCCCGCCCUGCUGGGGCUGGCGCUGGCCCUGGUUCUGGUGGGCCUGCUGAGCUGGAGGUGGCGGCGGCGGCGGCGGCGGCGCCUGCGCGCGGCGGCUCCCCCGGGGGACCCGGACCCGCACCCGCACGAGCCCCUGGACGAUGUCAUCAUCCAUCCCCCGAAACCCCUCGAUGCCACAGCUCCCGUCUGGCCUCCACCCAGAGAAGACCCAGCCAACACCCCACCUGCCCACAGCGUCCCUGUGCCAGCCACAGAGCUGGGCUCCACUGAGCUGGUGACCACCAAGACUGCUGGCCCUGAGCAACAGUAG